AUCAGGUUGAGAAUGAAACCAGAACCAACGCGCUCUUACUAAUGUGUGGAAAACGGAAGAUUUUUCACAACAAGCUCUGCGCGAACAGGUGGAAAAAAUAAGUGUCUGAUCAUGUAGAUUUCAUGGCUGGCGUGAAAGGGUUAACAUCGCAUUUGGAAAAGAGACUGUCUUUGGUUCAACGCAUUCAAGAUUAUCUGGAAUAUACAUAAAAUGUUAAAAUCAGAAUAGGAAAAUUUGCAGUUGAAUUGACAAUAGCAGAGAUGAUGGGACAAAAGUGUUUAGUUACUUUGAAAAUGCAUCAGCAACUGUACAAAGAACACUUGAGCUUACAGAAGUCAUUUUGUGCUUUGUAUCGUCAUAUGUCGGAGGAGCAGAACGUCAAAGAUGUUUUAAAAUGGAUUCAAGAAAAAAAUAAAUUGGAAGCACUUGUUAGUCAUUAUAAAACAAAAGCACAUCAUCUACAAAGACAAUUAGAAGAAACAAACGAAAGAUUCGAAUUACUUGAGUUUUGUUUUCUAGAAUUAGAGAAUCAGGCUAAGGUAUGCGGGAAUGAAAACCAUGUUGACAAAGCUGUAAAUACUGAAAAUUGGGAUAAAAAAAGAUGGGAAAGAAGCAUCCCCUAUCCUUUUACAUAUGCAAUCAAGAAUACCAUAAAUACUAAUGAAGAUCCAAGUUUCUUGAAAGAACAAGUUUUAAAAGCAGAAAUGGAGUCCGAUAAUUACCGGCUACAACUGGAGGAAACGCAAGAUAAACUUUCAAAUCUGACAGAGCAGUUGGAUAGUGUUCUGAAAUGUAACUGUAAACUAGGUGUUGGAAUGGAUUAUGUGAUAGCAACUGUCAAUGAAUUAAAAUCUUUAAUGGAAUGGACUGCAGAGGAAAAAGAAGCAAAAGCGGAUAGUCAAGUUAUAUUCCAAAAACUACAGCAGCUUGAACGAAUACAAAAGGAUUUGGAAAAGACAGCUACGGAAUCGGAGGAAAUACGACUACGAGCAGAGCAGGAAAGAAGUAGUCUGGCAAUUUUGGAUGAAAAGGAAGAUAAAUCUGAGGAUUCCGAAUUAAAUAUAUGUGAUACAAAUCUGCAUCAAAACCAAUUAACACUUUUAGACAACUGUUUAAAAGAAAUAGACUAUCUGAAUUCAUCCCCACCUCAAUCUGAUCCACUGCAAGACGAUGAUAAUGUCUUAUUGAUUGACUUAAACACUCCAGAAUCUACAGAUGCUGAACCAAUUACUCCAGUUCACAAUGUUGUACGUACAAAAAGCAAUGAUUCUCAUGAUUCUUUGGGACCAAAUAUUAGUGAAGAUGAAGGAUUAGGAGAAGAAAGUCGCCGAGGUGAUUCGACUGGGCCAAGCAGUUUUAUUGAAAUUCACGAGUCAAUUCCAGCUUUAACUGGCUUAAGCACAAAAGUUCCACAUUCAUUAGCCAAUCAAAUUGUUGUAAUAGACUCAGAAGGUCAUUCCAAGGUCAACGAAUGGAAUGAUCCUAAUGACUCAAAAAGUAGUUUAGACAUUUGCAUGUGUGCCAUCGGUAAUUUACGCGAAAGUUUGAAGUCUAAAGAAAAUGAACUGUUGAAAUUGUCUGCCAUACAAAAUGAUCAGAAGCAAAUUGCGGAGCUGCAAGACGUUAUUCUUAAUCUUCAUCAGGAAUCAGCGAAUUUGAAAGCCGAACUUGAUAAGGUUAAGAAAGAGAACUGUACAUACAAGGAGCAAGUGCUUGAGUUAGAAGAAGCAGAGAACGAUGCAAGACUACAAUCUCAAAAACUCGGUGAAAAACUUUUGUUCCUCCAGGAAAAAGACACGCAUUUUCAAGCAAAACUUAGUGAAACAAAGCAAGCCUUAGAAAACUGUUUGGAACAGUUAAAUUUGAAAGAAGUAGAGGAACAAGAGCUACGUUCGCAAGUAAAAUAUUUAGAUACCCUUGUUCAAAAAUAUGAAGAACAAAUUAAAACAAUGGAAAUAGUUGAACUUGCUCUUCGAAAACGUUUGAUUGAAGAAGAAGAUGAAAUGAAAGAAAUGGAAAAAUCCUUAGCUAAAACUUCAGUUGAAAAAGUGGAGAGGGGAACUCAAAUGUAUGAGGCUAUUUCCAAUAAAUGUGAUGAUAAAGUUCCACAUAGUAAUGUAGAUAUUGCUAAUAUAUCCGUUCAAGUUCCUGAUGAUUCUGUUUAUAAGUCAUAUUUUAUUGAGAACAGUGUACAAACAGAGGAUUAUGAAAUAAACAUUUCACCUCCUUUAGCCUUUAAAGAUGUGAGCCAAAGUGAUAAUACCCACCAAGCAGUUGCAGACAUAUCAGCCAGUUCAGAGUCCAAUAUUUCAACAUUAUCUGAGAUACCUUGUCCUAUUCAAAAAGAACUUCUAAAACGACUGCAUCAGUUAGUUGAAGAAGACGCGAACUUGCAACAGCAGCUGCACUAUGUAGACCAAAUUAAUCUUACCCUAUGGAAGAAAUUGCAUAAUUUAGAAUUCCAUAUUGGAGAAUGCAAACGAAAAAACAUAUCAGAAGAUAACGCAAGCGAUAGUUGUAUAGAAUCCGAAGGCGAUUUCUCUAGUAGGCCAGUAUCACGUGAACAAAUGCGUGAAGACAGUACAGCUUGCCCAAGCAAAUGUGCAAGUCCUUGUUACAGCAAAAGAAUUAUGUCUAGUUUAGAUAAAAACGAACAAGAAAUCAAAUUAAGGUUAUUGCAAUUAGAAGAGAUAAACGUUGCAUUCGAAAAAGAACUCGAAGUUAGAGAGAGAUUAUAUAUGGAAAAAGAGAGAAAAUAUGGAGAGUGGGUUCAGACAGAACAACGCUUUAUUGGAGAUCUAAAAAGACUGUCAGACGAAAGAGAUUCAUUAAAAAUCCAAGUUGCCAAAUUGGAAGAAGAAAAACACGAACUUUCUGAACGGGUUUUGAAAUUAGAAGAAGAAUUGAAGGAAAAUGAUGAAAAGCACCAAUUAGAAAUCAAAAAUUUAAAAUUGGAGCAGAAUAAAAUCAUUGCACGUUUGCAAUUGAAGGUGGAUCAACUACUAGUCAGGGAAAAAGAACAUCUUAAGCAAAUUACAAAUCUGAAAAUAACCCAAACCAGUGAUAAAGCGGAAUCUGAUAAACUAAAAUCCAGCUAUGUGGAGCUACAGCUUGAGCUGAGUCGAACUCGAGAUGAUAUUCGCAAAAAGGAAGAGGAAUUUAGAAUAAGAUUAGAUGAGUCUCGUAGCAAACAUAUGCUGGAGGAAGCUAGAUUGAUUUCAGAACUGGAAAUGCUUCGGCAGAAAAAUUCAAGCUUUGAUGAAAUGAUUAGUAACUUUCAAACAAGGCAAACUGAGUUAAUUGAAAUCGUUAAGCAAAAAGAGCAAGAUCUGGAGUCGGCUAGAUUGGAAUAUAAGAAGAAUGUCGAAGCUACGGAAGAAGAACAUCGCGCUAUAGAAGCUGAGCUCAAAAAACAACUCAAACAAAUGGAAGAAGGCACUUCAAUUGCUACGAAAGCUCUGUCUGAUGAGAAAAUGCGCUUGGAGAAAGAAUUGCAAAAUAACAUUGACGAUUUGAGAGGUAAGGAAGAAGGUUAUAAAGCUAGAAUUGCCGAACUUGAAAACAAUGUGACACACUUGCACAAAGAACUUCAUCGAUUAACUGGUGAUAUCGAUUCUGGUUUCGGUUCAGAUAUCAAUAAUGACGGCAUAAGCAAUUUCCGACGAGAAAAACUUUUGAACCAAUUGAAGGAACUCCGCAUUCGCGAAGUAGAGUUGAGAGAAAAACUAGAUGAAAUGGAACAGAAGGAAGCAGCAUAUAGAGAAACAUUAGAACAUGCUGACAGAAUUGUUGCAUCUGUGGAACAAGGGUACAAAAACAAAAUAGAAGAACUUGAAAUAUCUGAAAGAAAUCUCAAACAAAGAGUUGGACACCUUGAAGAAAUUGAAAGUAGACUACGUGGCGCUUUGCACAAGGAAAGGCGUAGUUCUGAUGGCAGGAAACCAGAUGAUUUGGUUGUUGAGUUGUUGGAAGCUGAAUCCAGGGAAAAUGUUCUGAAGGAAAAAAUCGAAGGAUUAGAACAAAUUCAAAGAAAUGCUAUGAGUAAAGUUAAAGAUCUAGAAAAGCUACGUGAAAAACUAGAAUCUCAGUUGAAUGACAAAGACGAACUAGCGUCCAAUCUUCAUAAAGCUCAACUAGAACUAGAUACCUCCAGAAAAACCUUGGUGAAGUUAAAAAAAUCUGAAAGUGACUUAAAAACUUCCUUACAACAAACUGAAAAUGUCUUGAGUACAACAGAAGCACAAAUGAAAAAUAAAAUUCGAACCAUAGAAGAAGAAAAGAGUGGAUUGGAAGAAACAAUCAGAGAGCUUAGAGCACAAGUUCGAGAACUAAAAAUGAAAUUGGAAAAGGUGUCAGACGAUCGAGAAGAAAAAAGAUUGUCACUGACUGCAACAAAGCAAUCUGUUCCUCGUACUUAUUCUUCUCAGAAUCAAAAUGAUGAUGAUGAGCCUGAUUAUGUGGAUGUAGAAGAUAUUUCAGUUCAAUCUUUAAAAGGAUAUUCGAAAGUCCGACCGAAUUCAUAUACAUAUGGCAGAGGUCUAAUUAAGUCACCACUUCCAGGAAGUUAUGCGAGUAAAAAACUGGCUAAUCUUCAGAAAGAUGAUAGAAUUCAACAGUCAUCAGCGCCUAAUUUACCAGAUACAUAUGAUAGUGCACGGCAAAAUUUAGAAGACUGUAUGAUGCGAGCUAUGGCAGCCAUGAAAAAUGAUAUACGAAAAAAAAAACUAAAAAAGGAACAGACUGACACUCGCAUGAAAGCACUACUUUCUUCUAACACAAAAUCUUCUAAUCAGGUUCCUAAUGAACAAACAGCUGCCGAAGAAAAUGAUUAUGACGAGAUACUUCCACGUCCAAUGAAUUUUCGUGUCGUUCAACAAGUUGGUUCUGACACUCUUCUUGUUGGUUGGGAUUAUGUCAAUCCGUCUAUUUUAGAAGGUUUUGAAGUUUAUUUAAAUGGCCAAUUACUGGAAUCUGUGUACGCUCCAGAUAGAACAAAGGCUCUGAUUAGUGGACUUGAUUUGAAGCAUCCAAUACAUCUGAGCAUCUAUGCUUUUUCUAAGUAUGGACAAAUGUCUGAACCAGCCGCUUUUGAGCUUUUACCAGCAAAAGGAAGAAAUAGUUAUCAAGACGAAGUGGAAAAUGACGAAGAUGAAAACAGUGAAGAAUCUUUGUAUGAUAAACACAGACCUUAUUCGAUGGACUGGUGAUUUUGAAAAAGAAAUGUUUCUGAAAUUAUUGCUUAUUUUUAACUAUUUUGCAGAGAUCUCUUUUAAUUUUUCAUUGUUUCUGCCAUGUUUCACAGAUAUCAAAUGUGAAAAUGUUGAUUUGAUGCAGUUAAGGAUUGCAUAUCGCCAUAGUUUUGUGUAUUGUAGUACGGUCUUAGUAAUGGAAUAAAUGAUUUUGAUAUAAA